AUGGCCCAUCACACGAACCGCACGCCGCAAGAUCAAGCCUAUCACUCAAUGCCCUACGGCCAACAGACAUCACAGUAUGCUGUCACACAGUCACCGGGCAUGGCCCAGACCUUCAAGGCUCUACAAGAUGCUGGAUAUGGUCAAGGAGCUUCAGCACCUACUCCCCAGCAAAACAUGCGUCCCACUUUCGAGAAGCCCACCAUCUACACUGCUGUCUACUCUGGAGUCCAGGUAUACGAAAUGGAAGUGAACAACAUUGCUUGCAUGCGACGACGUUCCGACGGCUGGCUGAAUGCCACUCAGAUCCUCAAGGUUGCUGGUGUCGACAAGGGAAAACGCACAAAAGUUCUGGAGAAGGAAAUUCUUCCAGGCGAGCACGAGAAGGUCCAAGGUGGAUACGGUAAAUACCAAGGCACAUGGAUCACCUACCGCAGAGGUCGUGAGUUCUGCCGUCAGUACGGUGUUGAGGAUUUGCUUCUUCCCUUGCUGGAACACGACCUUGAUGGCUCCGGCGCCGGUCAGACCACCGAGACGCCGACCAAGGAGCAAGCCAUGGCCGCUAACAGAAAGAGAUUCUACGCCGCCGGGGCUCAAGAUAGGAAUGGCCCACCAGCCUCAAAUACUUUCUUCCAGAACAUCUCUUCCAUGUCGUCAGUUGCUCUAGCCGCCCUUAACAAGGCUGCUCGACUUAACUCGCCAGUCCGUCCGAGUCACAUGAGACGUGCCUCUCAGCAACAACAACAAAACACUUCUCACAGCCACCUGGCCGAUGCCAACUACAAUCAAAUCCCGGAUUCCGGCUACAAUACACAAAGCGCUGCAUGGAGACAGGCACCGGGUGGUGAACCCCCAAGAAAGCGUAUGAGACCUAACGAUGAGAUCCCUGUCGACGCUUCCAUCAUGUCGCUCGACCCCACAGAGCCUGGAGAAUCAUUCCUCCAAAGCACUCAACAGUACCUCGAAGAAAACGUCAACGGAUCCGACGAGCCCGUGACACUUCCUCCGUUGCCAGUCCCCAUGGGUAUUGAAGAGGAGAACAAGCGUCUAUUGCUCCUCGACCUUUUUGCCGAAUCCUCUAGACAAGACUUUGCCUCACACCCAGCACUUCUGUCUCUGUCCCCACAAGAUUUGGACAUUCCUCUGGAUCCGUCAGCAAAUACUGCCCUGCAUUGGGCUGCAACACUAUCGAGAUUAUCGUUACUACGACUGCUCAUCCAGAAAGGUGCCAACAUAUUCAGAGGCAAUGCUGCAGGUCAGAGUGCUUUGAUAUCGGCUGUCUUGGUCAACAACUGUUGCGAGCACUCCUCUUUCCCUGACGUGCUAGAGCUUCUAAGUCCCCUGAUCGAGGUACGAGAUGCUCAAGCCCGUACUAUUCUGCACCACAUCGCUGUCUCCUGUGGUAUCAAAGGUCGAGCCCCUAGCAGCAAGUACUACUUGGAAGCUUUGUUGGAGUUCUUGGUUCGCAGCGUGUCAAAGCCUGCACCAGCCGAAAAUGGAUCUGCAACCCCCGGACAAGCAGGCAAAGAGCGAAUGAAUCUGAUGCGCUUCCUCACGCAUAUAGUAAAUGCGCGAGACAAGGCAGGUAAUACUGCUCUGAAUCUCGCUGCGAGAAUUGGUAACAGAGGUAUCAUUCAGCAACUGCUGGAAGUCAAGGCCGACCCGGCCAUUCCCAACCAGAAAGGCAUUACAGCCCGCGAUUUUGGUGUAGGUGUUGAAGACGAGAACGGACAACCUAAUGCCGGCUUCAACAACCCAUCAAACAUCGAUCCAAUCUUUUCCCAAGCGCAAGCACUUAACCGCCCGCCAUCCCAGAACACCACCGCAGAAGGUGCAAACGAAAAGGAAACAACACCCGUCUCCAACACAAGCAUCAUCGAAGAACAGAACCAGGAUGUCAUCUCUUCACUAACAAGUAUGCUCACCGCAAACCUCGCCCAGCACAAACAGCUACUUGCGGAGAAAACCACUCAAAUCGACAAACUCAACGUGCAGAUCCAAGAACUGUCAGCCGUAGCGAAAACCGAAAGCGACCAACUAGCAACUCUGCAGCGCCGCGCCAAAUCUCGCGGCGAAGCCGCGUCCAAGAUCGCAAACCUCAAACGCAUCCUCGAAGAACGACACCGCAAUGGCAGAAAAGUCACAAAGACAAACACUGUAGUGGGGGAUGCAGAUACCUCUAUCUCACCUGUACUUGCAAUCACCAACAAACUGCCCGACGUCUCUGAUGCAGCACAAGCAGUGCAACAACUCACACCUGCACUCCAACAUCAACUUCUGCACGACACACCUUCCGUCGCUGAGCUCCGCACACUGAAGAAAAUGUACGAGACCAAUAAUGAUCGUCUGCAACAGCAAUCCACACAACUCAAGUCUCGGUCUUCGCAAUUAGAGCACUUGUACCGUAAAGUCGUGUCUUUGUGUACUGGUGUUGCAGAAGACAAGGUUGAAGACCAGUUGGGUGCGCUUCUGGCGGCUGUGGAGUCAGAGAAGGGUGCGCUGGGCAGAGAGGAAGCGGGCAGAGUCAGGGAGUUUUUGAUCAAAGUUGAGGGCGUGGGUGGUGGUGAGGUUGCUGCUGGUGUGUAG